GGCAGCGGCGCCUGAUUAAUGCGCCUAUUUACAGCUGCGCCUCGUUAGGGGCUAUUGUCUGCGCGCGCGCUGUCAGACGUUAACAGACGUCGUUUGUGCCCGGGGUUCUGCUCGCAUGUGCGGUGUCUGGAGAAGCCGAGCGUCCGUUGCCGCACGGACCUUGCGUCGUGGAGCGUUAUUACGGGAGCCGGGGUCGUAAUACGGUUAUAUAAGUUUGGGCUGACUCUCCUGAUUUUGUGAAGUGAUGCCAAUGGGUCAGAGAAGGAAAUCACGCUGGUGAGACAAACAAGCCACCCUCCACCAUCCAAGGCCAACGCAGCUACACUGACUGAGACAGCCAUGCCCCGUUUGCCUUCCUGAUCCUCCUUCCUCAAAUAUCCCAAACUCAACUUGGAGGCCAGCAGCCUUAACAGCUCCCUGUCCAGUCAGCAUGGCUACACCCUUCCUAUGGAAGCUGUCAUCCCAGAAGCUUGGUUUUUUUCUGGUCAGCUUUGGUUUCAUCUGGGGCAUGAUGCUCUUGCAUUUCACCAUCCAGCAGCGAGCCAGCCACGAGAACAGUGCUGUACUGCGACAACAGAUCCUGGACCUCAGCAAACGGUACAUUAAGGCUCUGGCCGAGGAGAACCAAAGUGUCAUGGAUGGGCCCUAUGUCGGUACCAUGACAGCGUAUGACUUGAAGAAGACCCUCGCGGUGCUGCUGGAUAACAUUAUGCUAAGGCUGGGCAAGCUAGAGUCCAAGGUGGAGAACAUCUACAACAGCACAGGGGGAAACCUGACCAACAGCACUGGAACUGCUACACCGAGCUCCUCAAACUCCGAGAAAGUUAACGUGGCAGAUCUUCUAAAUGGAGCCCAGGAGAAGUGUGAGCUGCCUCCAUUGGAUGGUUUCCCUCACUGCGAAGGCAAGAUCAAGUGGAUGAAGGAGAUGUGGCGCUCUGAUUCCUGCUAUGCCAACUACGGCGUGGAUGGAUCCACCUGUUCCUUCUUCAUCUACCUCAGUGAGGUGGAGAACUGGUGUCCUCGUCUGCCCUGGAGAACAAAGCUCCUAAAUGAAGAAAUCGACAGAAGGGGACAGGCAGAGAUCCGGACCAGUUUUGAGGAGCUUUAUAGGGUGAUGUCACAACGGGAAGAGUUCCGCUGGAUGAUGCUGAGGAUCAAACGUAUGGCUGAGCCAUGGGUCAGUGCCAUCCGCUCAUUGGCUGCUAAGCAGAACCUGGCCAAGCGUCAGAGGAAGAAGAUCCUGGUGCAUUUGGGUCUUUUGACAAAGGAGUCGGGCUUCAAGAUAGCAGAAAACGCCUUCAGUGGUGGUCCACUGGGAGAAUUGGUACAGUGGAGUGAUCUCAUAACCACACUGUACCUGCUGGGCCAUGACGUUCGCAUUUCUGCCUCCCUGGCUGAGCUCAAAGAAAUCAUGCGGAAGGUUAUGGGGAACAAGUCCAGUUGUCCCACUCAGGGUGAUAAGGUGGUUGAGCUCAUCUACAUUGACAUUGUGGGGCUCACCCAAUUCAAGAAGACACUGGGGCCCUCCUGGGUCCACUACCAAUGCAUGCUGCGGGUGCUGGAUUCGUUUGGGACGGAACCCGAGUUCAACCAUGCCCAUUAUGCCCAGUCCAAGGGCCACAAGACACCCUGGGGGAAGUGGAACCUUAACCCACAGCAGUUCAAUACCAUGUUCCCUCACACACCAGACAACAGUUUCCUGGGGUUUGUAGUGGAGCAGCACCUCAAUGCCAGUGAUAUCAGGCACAUUGAUGACAUCAAGAGGCAGAACCAAUCCCUAGUCUAUGGAAAGGUCGACAACUUUUGGAAGGACAAGAAGAAGUACCUUGACAUCAUCCACAGCUACAUGGAGGUUCACGGCACCGUGCACGGGACCAGCACUGUGCACCUCCCGAGCUAUGUCAAGAACCACGGCAUCCUGAGCGGCCGCGACCUGCAGUUCCUCCUUAGAGAAACCAAGUUGUUUGUGGGCCUGUCCUUCCCCUACGAGGGUCCUGCUCCUCUGGAGGCCAUCGCCAAUGGCUGCGCCUUCCUCAACCCCAAGUUCAACCCACCCAAGAGCAGCAAGAACACAGAUUUCUUCAAGGGCAAACCCACCCUGAGAGAGCUGACCUCUCAGCAUCCAUAUGCUGAGGUGUACAUCGGAAAGCCCCACGUGUGGACGGUGGAUAUUGAAAACUCUGCCGAGGUGGAGAAGGCCAUUCGUUCUAUUCUCAGCCAGAAGAUUGAGCCCUACCUGCCCUAUGAGUUCACCUGUGAGGGAAUGCUCCAGAGAGUCAAUGCCUUCAUUGAGAACCAGGACUUCUGCCAUGGUCAGGUGAUGUGGCCUCCGCUUAGCGCUCUGCAAGUGAAGAUGGCCGAACCUGGACACUCCUGCAAGCAGGUGUGUCAGGAGGAGCAGCUCAUCUGUGAGCCUUCCUUCUUCCAACACCUCAACAAAGACAAGGACCUGGCCAGGUUUGGUGUGGAGUGUCAGAUGGUGGAGUCGAAUGCUGACACGGUGGUGCCGGCCUACAGCGACACGCGCCACCACUGCAUCUUUCAGUCUGACUUGCUGCUGUUCAGCUGCGCCGGUGCCCACCAGUCACUGCGGCGCAUCUGCCCCUGCCGUGACUACAUGAAGGGCCAGGUGGCCCUGUGUCAAGACUGCCUAUAGCACCCACACGGGCCGAGGGGUUUGGGGGAGGAGUGGGGGCUUUAGCACAUUCGAAGCAGCCUAUGGGGUGAGUGUGUGAGGCAGACACACUCUGGGGUGUCAGUCAUGGAGCUUUCAUACAAACACACACACCCCAGACUUGCUUGUGGGCAGAAAAACAUUCACAGGACUGGGCUCGUUCAUUAUUUGUUUCCCUCUGCUGCUCGGGCUGAAGGACUCCUGCAGCUGUCAACCUUCUAGAUUCACCAGCAGUGGCACUGCAAGUCAUGGGGGUGGUGUAAAAUUACUUGAAUCAACUAAGGGAGUCGCGUUGGACAUGAAAAUGGCAGCAGACAAGUGCUGUCCUGCUACUUUGGCAGAGUGCACAUAUCAGUGAUUGACUGCCUGUUCGUCUCCAAGUUCAGUAGGACGGCAACGGACAAGGGAGACUCCAACACCCCUUUGUGACGGCUGCCAGCCCCACUAUGCUCCUCCACCCUUCUUCUCUUUAUUCUUUCGGUAGGUUUGCACUGGACUAGCAUGCCUGAAGGCCCACCGUGCUCUCACACACAGACGUGGAGGGGCAAAUGGCGGCUACAGAACCUAAAACCUGUUUUACACUGUAAGAACUGGAUGCGCGUGCAAGCAGGCACAUCCGUUCCUGACACAUUGUCCAGAGUCAUGUGGAAGAAUAUUUAACCCAAAUUUCAGAGGAACAAAAUGUAUUGGUUAAAAUGCCCCCUCUUAGACCAACUGUUUUGAGUUUCUACUUUUAUUUUACUGGGGGAUGAAAAAAGUAAGUUAUCUGAAUAUUUAUUGACUUGUUCUGAGCGUAUCUGAAAAGUUAACAUCAACCUGGAUUGAUUUGCUAAGACAAUAGAGUGACAGGUUAGUGUGAAGGGUGUAAGGACAAGGUUAUAUGUGUAUCUGUUUCAGCUGGAGGCAAAACAAAGAAAAUACUGGGAGUAACCACAAGUCAACUCAGGGUGAUGGCUCUUGGAGUUUAAUUGAAGUAGAGGGAUCUAAUGUUUUGGUGAUUCCUGUUUACCUCUAGUUCUUCUUUGUUUUUCCUGCAGCCAGCACUGCGACACAAUCAUGUAGCCUGUAGUCGACUAUACAUAAAUUAGGAGGUGUGACCUGAACCACAGCAAACUGGGGAUCAGAUCACAGCAGGUGCUUCACCAUGAAUUCACACUAAGGACAAGUAAUGCUAGCUAUUCAUUAUUCCAUCACAUCUGCAGUUCCUGUUCUGGCAGCUAGAUGGUCCCAAACAGAGCUGUCGCCUUUGUGGCCUGGUUUCAUGUAAAAUACAGAUGAUGAGGAGCCUGUGGAGUCAGCUGUAUGUACAGGUCAGAGUAUAGCUCUGGAGGCUUAAUAACCUCUACACUAGGUGUCACUUUCCUGGGUACCUACUGUAGGCAUCCGUCCAUGUAGGCAAAAGUACAAUAUUACUCUAAAUUGUAGUGGAUUCAAAUAUUCGAUCAUUGUUAAUGUGUAGAAUUAAGCAGUGACCAACUUGUGUAUUACAGUGAUGCCGUUUAUUAAUGUGGGUUUUCUUGCACAGCCUUUUGCCAUUGAGCACCUGUACACACAGCACCUCCACAGCAGGUGUUAGUGACAGAAUGCACCAUAGUGUUACUUCAACAUCAAGCCUGUGCACAAAGGAAAUGAUGCGUCACAGGGAAAUAUCAGGAGUCGUCCCGUCCUGGCAGUACCAUGACCUGCAGCCCGCAGGCUCACCUGGCGUCCGUCGAUGCAGGACGAUGCAGGAACAACAAACCCAUGAUGUACGUCACACCUUCUAGUUGACAUGGUGCAAAGUCACAAUAGAAAUACAAUUUUCUUUUGAAUUUUGGGUGAAAUAAUUCUCCUUGAAAUGCGGGACAGUUGCAACUUUAUUAAAAUGCCAGAUGUUUUAAGUUGUACAGUGCACAGAGCGUGUUUCUACAACAGGCCAGUAGAGAGAGAUCAAAGUGUCGUUGUCCAGCACGCCUGGUUGGACACUCACUGAGUGGGAGUCGUUCUCUGUAGCUGAGGGGCUCGUGAGCGGAGUCGCCGUGUGCUAGGUUGUUGUGAUGUUGUGUAGUAGAUGCUAGACGUCAGUGGCAGUGGUACCACCCCGGCUGAGGAAUCCAAAGACUCCAGUACAAAACCUGCAGAGAAAUGUGAAAACCCUAAGGUGUUGGUGUUUGUGUGGUCAAAGUGAAAACUACACACACACACACACAACCUAUGUUCAUGUUCCAUAAAUCAGACAACUGUACACAAGCAAAAACAUGCCAACAAAGCAUUCCUGCAACACGAAACCUCGCAUCUCAUUUUUUUGGACAGUUAAAAGCAUUAAGCUAAAUGAAAUGAGUAGCUUGUGGUAAAAUGCACUACAUUUAUCUAUUUGCAGAGGUUUAACAUGAUUAGUAACACUGUAUAUUGUUCAAAUGGGUUCUAAAGUUUUCUUUUUUUAUUUAUUUUGUAUACAGAUCUAUAUCUCCGUGUCUUGCUGGAAAUCUUAUUUAUAGGAGCGGUGUUUUUUUUUUCCUUUUUAUAGAUUUUUAUUUAUGGAGAGUAAUUUAAAAAACCAACAAAAAAAGCUUGCUUAUCUUGUGGAUGGCCAAGAGGAGAAUUGUCUGCUUCCGUUCACAUACAGCAGUGACACGAGGCGGAAAUGGUGCAUUUUUCAUCAACACACUUGCUAAAUAUUCAUUAAAACAGACAGUACAGAUGGUCUGAAAGCAUAGAUUUAAUUUCACCAGGAAAUGAUCACAAAAAUAUUUAAUUUAAGUCUCAAACUUGAUUCUAAACUCUGUUGGACUUUUGAGAUUACGUCAGUUAGCUCCACAAAAUGCCCAAGAAGUGCAUGCAGGCUGGGCUUAUGAUUAGAUAACAGGUCUUAAUUGUCUGAGCCCAUCUUCCUCUGAUCAUGUCUCAUCAGGACAGUUGGGGACAAACGUGCCUCGUACACUUUGUGCUUUAGUUUCCGGUCUCAGUUAUUCAGUUUGCACAUGCGUACAUUCUAAACCCACCUACUUCCCCACUGUGUUAGCGAAGACUGUUUUUAUUUGAGUAGGUUUGUUUUGUUUUUUUUAAAACGGGUCUGAUCUGCUGCCAAGUUAGUGUUUGGAAGAACAUGAUGUGCCUUUUUGUGGUUCAGUUUGAUUCUGCUUGUGUUUGAGUGUCAGUGAGUCUGAAUCUAUCACAGCCGAUCAGAACGGAAUCUGUUGUUUUCUUUGUAUUUGGUGUUUAGAUCAAUUUUAAAGGUGAAACAAAUUGUACACAAUUUUAAAGAAAUCAGGCGGUUUUGGUUGUAAAGUGAAAUUUAGUUGAUUGGCUGCUCACUUCUGACCAAAGGAUAAAACCAGUGUUACUGUACUUAUAGCAAAAGAUCCUUUAUAACUAUAAUUUAUGUGACAGCAAUAAUUUGAAUUAAGAAAUAUCUAGGUAACAAGUUGGUGUUGUUUCAUGUUGCUCAGCUUUUGGAGUUGGAAUAAAUUGUAAUAAUGAGA